AUGAUUUUGAAAGUAACUCUGUGCUACAUUCUUCUUUCAUUGUUUUCCAUAUCCUUAGCAGAAGAUGUGAAGCUUAGGGUGAAAGGGGUGACAACCAUUGCUAAAACAGAUGAAAAUUUUAUAUGUGCAACUUUAGACUGGUGGCCUCCUAAUAAGUGUGACUACAACCAAUGUCCUUGGGGAAAAUCUGGCAUUCUCAACCUGGAUUUGGAAAACAAAAUUUUCUCAAAUGCGGUCAAGGCAUUCAAUCCCUUGAGAAUCAGAUUAGGUGGUUCACUACAAGAUCAGAUUAUUUACCAAUUUGGGAAUCGAACGAAAUGUCCUCAUAUUAAAAAGAGACAAGGUGGUUUAUUUGGUUUCAGCAAAGGCUGUCUUCCCAAGAUGAGAUGGGAUGAAGUAAAUGAUUUUUUCAACAAAACUGGAGUGAGAUUAACUUUUGGGUUGAAUGCCCUCAUUGGAAAGCAUAACACAGAGGAUGAUAAGAAAACUUGGGUCGGAGAUUGGAACCCAAGAAAUGCGAUGAAUCUCAUGAAAUACACAAUUUCAAAAGGAUACAAAAUAGAUUCAUAUGAAUUAGGAAAUGAGCUAUGCGGUAACGGUAUUGGUGCUAGAGUAGAUAGUGUUCAAUAUGCUAAGGAUAUCACUAAGCUUAGACUUAUAGUUAACCAACUAUACCCAAAUCCCUCUACAAGGCCAAAGGUGGUAGGCCCUGGUGGUUUCUUUAGUAAAGAUUGGUUUGCUAGCUUCUUGCAAAAUGUAGGACCUGGUGUGGUUGAUGUAGUGACCCACCACAUUUACAACCUUGGUCCUGGUGAUGAUCCUGGUCUCAUCAACAAAAUUCAAGACCCAUAUUCCUUGAGUGAUGUUGCUCAAACUUUCAAAGAUAUCUCAGAAGCAGUCAAGGAUUUUACACCAUGGGCAGGAACAUGGGUUGGGGAAGCUGGUGGAGCCUAUAACAGUGGUGGAAAACAUGUGUCACAUACUUUUGCUAAUGGCUUUUGGUACUUGGACCAGCUUGGCAUGACAUCCACAUUGAACCACAAGGUUUAUUGUAGACAGACUCUGGUUGGUGGAAACUAUGCUUUGCUAAACACCACCACUUUCAUUCCUAAUCCAGAUUAUUAUGGAGCGCUCUUGUGGCAUCGACUUAUGGGAAGCAAUGUGCUUUCUGUUUCUCAUGAAGGGUCUCAUAAUUUACGUACAUAUGCUCAUUGUUCUAAGAAAGGGCCCGGAAUCACUGUGCUCCUCAUAAACUUGUCCAAUUCCACUUUCAAUGUAUCUCUUGUCAAUGACAUGAAUAUGUCUCCAAUGGAAAACAUAAAAGGACAGAUGAGGGAAGAAUAUCAUUUGACACCAAAAGAUGGAAACAUUCAAAGUGAUGUGGUGUUGUUGAAUGGAACUCCAUUAAAACUUACUGAAUCACAAGACAUUCCAGAAAUGAAACCAGUGCCAGUUGAUUCUUCUUCUCCGGUCAAUGUGGGGGCUCAUUCAAUUGUGUUUGUGCAUCUACAGAGCUUCAGAGCACCUGCAUGCUGA